UUUUUAAAAUUUCAGCUAUAGUGAAACUUAUAAAAAUUUAUAGACGUUACUGGCGUUCGUUAUGAUUAUCGUCAUCGCCAUACAUAGUAUUCUCGUAGUAACACGACUGUCUUGUUUACAGUUAUGAGAUAAAGAAUUAUAUUUGUCGGUACGUUUCGAUAGUUAAAUCAUAAAUUGUAUUAACACUGCAUAGUUAGAAAAGCAUUAAAUUUAUCAUAUAAUUCUGGCAACUUUUAUACACUAGUUCAAUUCAAUAGUAAAUAUUAUAUUAACAAUGGAUUUUCGCUAUCAUAAAUAUACAGUGCAAAUUCACACGUACAUACAUAUAUGAGUAGAUAUGAUUUACAAUGAUUUGGCAUGGAAUAUAGUGAAUUUCUUGAAUCAUUGAUAAAACUGCAACACAAUCUUACAUAAUAUCCUAUAGUGCAUUAUUACCACUAAAUAUCUUUUUAAACACAAAUUUCAUGCUAUUGUUCUUUUUACAAUUUCAUCCUAUCAUUUGAGCAGAGUAUCAUUCUAGGCUUUUGUUCUAGUAACAUCAAUUUAUUUAUACAUAAUUCGUAUUUUUAGGAUUACCUCGGCUAUGAAGAGAGACACGCAGAAUAAGUAAACGAUGCCUUGCAUUAACAUUUUCAUUAGAGUACUCUGAAACGGCCAUACUCCGAUGAUGGACAAAAGACGCUUGUUCAAUCGAAAGGCAGGCUGCUCGAAGAAAUUCAUGCCGAUUAUCGUCGCGUUUCUUUCAUUUCUUCGACUCAUAAUUGAAGCUAAGAGACGAAGACAUAGUAUAAUAUACUGUGACGAUGACGAGUAAUAAAAAAUCGAAUGAAACACAAGGAAAAUCGACAAAGAUUUGCUUGUUAAAUUAUUAACAAAUUAGAGGAUUAUCCAAUGAGUGGAGUGUCAACAAAAAUGCUGUCAUUGAAUGCAUACCACCGUUGGUGACAAUCUCUCUCUGCUUGUCGUCGCAUUUGAACCUAAUUUUUAACAUGGAAAAGGUCAAAGAUGUACUUUUAUUCAUUAGAAAUGAUCAUAAUUAUUACAUGAACCGCCCAGAAAAUAAAAUUCUUCAAUUUUAUAACACGCAAGGAAACAAAAUUAUAUUGUAUUAUCUCUCGUACCUUUAUUCAACAGUUUUGGCUUUCUUACUGGUACCAACUAUAUCACUAGUAAUUGAUCUCGUUGUACCUUCGAAUCAUUCCAAAGAGAAAAGCUUACCAGUCGUAGUCGAUUAUGGCGUGAAUACACAACAAUAUUUUUAUUACGUGUUCAUACCUGUAUAUAUAGCAAUAUUCAUAGUAGCUAUGGUAAUAUCUACUAGCUAUAGCGCUUACAUGUUGUACGUCCAACAUGCCUGUGCCUUGUUUGCAGUUGUGAGUUAUCAGUUAAGAACUAUGCACAUUUUGGAUACAAGUAGCUUGAUAAACUUAAAGGAUCAUCAUUUACUGGAGAAGUAUAAAAAUGUUGAAUUAUCACAGGAAGAAAAGGCGAAGAUUUUUAGAAAACUAUUACUGUGUAUAAAAGAACAUAAAAAUGCAAUAAGAUACUCAAAUCUCGUGGAAUCAUUGUUCGCUAAAUAUAUAUUAGCUCAGAUGUUUUUUCACAUUAUCUGUCUUAGCAUUGGUGGAGUUGGAACAGUCUUGAAUUUAGGUAAUACGGACGAAAUGACGCGAUUUGGAUCACUUGCAUUGGCACAAGCUAUACAUAUAUUCAUUCUUUGUCUUCCUGGACAAAGAUUAUUAAAUCAUAGUGAAGAAGUAUAUGUCGCGACAUGCGAGGUAGUAUGGUAUAUGUUUCCUAAAAAGUUUCAUAAUUUAUAUAUGUUAUUAAUCGCAAGGACUAUGAUAUUCAGCAAAAUAACAGCUUUCAAAAUGGCGGUCAUGUCAAUGGAAACGUUUCUCGCGGUAAAAAUUUCUUAUUGUAACUCUUUAGAUAAUCGUAAUAGUAUACGUAAUUUUAUUAUUAUUUAUAUUUUCAGAUUAUUCAAACUACAAUGAGUUACUUCACUAUGUUAUUAUCGACUAUAUAAACUUAAAUGAAAAAUGAAUAUAUCUUAGUUAUAUAUUUAAUACUUACAAUAUAUUUAAUACAGAAACUAUCAAUACAAUAUACUUUGUUUUU